AUGACAAAGACUAUUGCAGCUGGUAGACAAGCUUUGAAGCUAUUUUCACAAGCUAUGGAUGUAGAUUACCAUCAUUAUGUUUUAUUUAUUAGACUUGCGCAGGAAUAUUUAAAGGCAGCAGAUGGACUUAGGGACAAAAGUUGGAACUUUCUGAAGAUGCACAUGAAUAAACAUGCAUUUGAAGACAUCAAAGCAAAAGGCAUAACCCAGAACUACAAUACAAAACCAAAUGAGCAGUUGCAUGGCCUGCUCAAGGAUUCUUAUCAAUUCCGAACAAACUUCAAACAUGUUGCUGAACAGGACAUAGCAGCUUUUGAUAGUGAGUUAAUGGGUGAUCUCAAAGGGGAUGAAGUUGACUCAAAGAUUACUGGAAUGAGUCAUGUGUCACUAGGCUCAAAGUGUCCUGCAACAUCAUUUCAAGGCCUGGAAGAAUCACGCAAGGAUGAUGCAGCAUUCAUGAUACUUGAGGGUGUAGCACAGCCUGAAGUUAAUGAUGUUGGCUUUGAAGAUGAUAAAUUGGAGGAAGAUGAGUUGGAUGAGGACGAGUUGGACAAAGACAAGGGAGGCAAGAAAAAAUUCCUGGCACCUGACAAGGAGGAACUCAAGUGA